UCCACCACUCGAUCCCACAUCUCCUAUUUACUAUCCCAGUUCCACUAGGCACAUAGCUAAACCUUACUACCACCUUCUUAAUAGCCCUAUUGAUUCAUCCAACUACACCACCAUGGCCCCCAAGAACAAUAAAGGCAAAGGCAAGGAGGGCGGAGACAAAGCCGCAAAGGGUCUCAAGCCUGCAAAUGCUAUUAAUGUGAGACAUAUUCUUUGCGAAAAACACUCCAAAAAGGAAGAAGCGCUGGAGAAGUUGCGCAACGGAGCCAAGUUUGAUGAAGUGGCGAGGGAGUUUUCAGAGGAUAAGGCUAGACAGGGUGGAUCUCUUGGAUGGAAGACUCGCGGAAGUCUGGAUGCGGCGUUUGAAAAGGCGGCGUAUGAGUUGGAGCCUAGUACGACGGGGAGUCCUAAGUAUGUGGAUAUUAAGACUGGGUUUGGGUAUCAUAUAAUUAUGGUUGAGGGGAGGAAGUAAUUGCCUCGUGGUUUGAGAGUUAGGGUUGGUUGGGUUUGCUGUGGAUCAGAUGAUGAUUAAAUCAAUGCAUGAGAAAUCUAUGAUCAAGUCUAAUAAAGCUAUGUACAUA